AUGUUGGAUUAUCCAAUUAGAAAAGUGAAGUUCAGUUUCAAGGUUGACAAAGUGAGGGCUAUAAUAUCUGGUGAAGGAGAUCUGGUAUCUCAUCCUAAUUGCACUAGUCCGAGACAAUAUGACUUACUUGACAAAUUAGUAGAAGAACCUACCAGAAUUAGCCCACAACUUGAUACAUUUGCUUUGGAAACUGUCUCUGAUGAGAUAAAUCCUACAAUCGAUGGUUUCUUUGCUGAUAGAAAUGAACAUGAACUUGAUUGUCCAUCACAAGGGUUUUCUUCUAUCCCAGAGGCCAUUGAAGAUAUUCGUCAAGGAAAGUUAGUUAUUGUUGUAGAUGAUGAAGACAGAGAAAACGAGGGUGAUCUAAUAAUGGCAGCAUCAAUGGUAACACCAAAAGCAUUUGCAUUUAUUGUGAAGCAUGGAACUGGGAUAGUGUGUGUGAGCAUGAAAGAACAAGAUUUGGAGAGGUUGCAACUCCCAUUGAUGGUGACGCAGAAGAAUAAUGAAGAAAAACUCUGCACCGCAUUCACAGUGACAGUGGAUGCAAAGCAAGGCACUAGAACAGGAGUGUCUGCUGAAGAUAGAGCAACAACAAUCCUGAAACUUGCAUCAAGAAAUUCGAGGCCUGAUGAUUUCAAUCGGCCAGGUCAUAUAUUUCCUCUGAAGUACAGGGAAGGAGGGGUUCUUAAGAGACCUGGGCACACGGAAGCUUCAGUUGAUCUUGCUGUGUUGGCUGGCGUGGAACCUGCUGCAGUUUUAUGUGAGAUAGUAGAUGAUGAUGGUUCAAUGGCCAGGUUACCAAAGCUUCGACAAAUGGCAAAGCAAGAAAACCUGAAAAUCAUUUCCAUUGCUGAUUUAAUAAGGUAA